AUGGCGCCAUCGUGGAUCGUGGAACAUCGCGAGGUGCAAAGUGCACGGUGCACCUUUCGAGCCGCCGCUCGAGAUCCCGCAACCCUCCCAUUAGAAGUUCAAUACAAUGAGCAGGCCAACGACGAUAACCAAACCUUCACUCACACCAAUCACCAAAGGCGCUGGUGCUGCCAAAGACGCCGCCAAAUUGAGUGCGAAAGACAAAUGAUGGAAGAAAACAACCAUAUGCAUGGCAAUCCCGCCGAAGCCACUUCCACCACAGCUUUGACUACGGGCAGUGCAAGCACGAUUAGAGGAGCCAUUGAGCUUCAGCUUUACGACGUCGUUGUAGGGGCUUCUUUGUCCGGUGUAUCCUCUUCAGAAGGCGAGUCCGAGUCUUCAGGCUCUGAGUCUUCUGAAUCAGAUUCGGAAGACGAAGAGUCUGAAGCAGACGAUUGGGAGGAGUCUGAGUCUGAAGACAAUACGACUGGCGGUGCAAGAUCCAUUAGAGGAGCCAUUGAGCUUCGGCUCCACGAAGGCGUUGUAGAUGGGGCUUCUUUGUCCGGUGUAUCGUCUUCAGAAGAUGAGUCGGAAGACAAUGAGACUGUUCCGGAGGAAGACAACGCCUCGAAAGGAGAUGACGAGGAUACCGGUGUCGUAGUAGGCACGAACAAUCACGGGCAACGACGGUCAAGACGACACGCCAACAAGACAAAAGUUGUUGCCGACAACUACACCGGAGAGUUGCAGAGACAACGCAAACACAAAGAUAUUGAUCCAAGCGCACAUCGCGUGGCGGCACGUGCAACAUGGCAAUGGCUCCGCAAGAAAAGAAUGGCAUCUGUGCUUGACAUCAGCGAAGCACAAGUCGAAGAUAGGGAUGCGGCAGAUGAUUCCGUUAGGGAGAUCUUGCAGGACCAAAAUGUUAGAGCUCCAACUGCAACCACUGAGAAUAGGCAUAGACUAUCUUUUGGUCCACGGCCAAGAACACAGGAGAAGAAAGACGAAGUAGCCAAGUCGAGUGAUGCCCCAGUACAAGCCAGCAACAUAUCAGAUGCCCCUGUUAGUGGUGAUUUUGGUGCUUUGAGGUUGCAGGAGCUGAAAGCCAAACUGGGAAUGCCCAUUGACUCUGGAGCGCCAAACACGAGCACAGAGGUUGAUAGUGAUGAGCUGCAACAAUCAGCAGCAGAGAAAGAAGCCAAACUGGUAAUGCCAAAUGACCUUGCAGCGGCAGCAACGGGCACAGAGCAUAUCUGCAUUACAACCACCGAUCACAAUGGGCUCCCACAAUCAACAGAGGAGCAACAAGCCAAAUGGGCAGCAUCAAGUGACUCUGCUGAUCAAGAUGGCAGACAUCAAUCAGCAAAGGAACAACAAGCCAAACAGACCACGUCAAGUGACUUUUCAGUUGUGAGCACAGAGAGCAUCCGUAAAAAACGUAUUGACCACCAGAAGCUACGACGAAGACUACAGGCGCUGCAUGCAAGACUGAGCAUGCCAAGCGGUGUGGAACUGCAAGCCAGCACCAAGCCAGAUCCUCCUCCUGCUGCUAAUGCUGCUGGCGGCGGUGCCGAUAAUAAUGAUUUUGAUGUUUUGAAAAGGGCUCUCCAAUUCGAAUGUCCCUGGGAUGAUGAGGUCUGCCCAUCUCAGAAUGAUCAGUUGGAAGCUCUGCAGUGGGCAUAUGCAUAUUGUUGUCCAUGGGAUGCAUACCGGAACAUGCAUAUUGAUACCGAAAUGGAAGGCCACCAAGAAGUUGUGGAGUGGUGUAUAGCAAAUGCGUGCCACCACGAGCCUGAGGAACCUGGCACGGACAGUGACAGUGACGAUGGCAGUGAGAGCGGGAGUGAAAUUGUCGCUGAUUUUGACUGA